AUGGUCUUUGAAAUAUUGAGAUACAACCCAGACAAAGCUAUAGCAGCUGUGGCAGGCGGGUCGUACUUCAUUGCCAGCCUUUGCCUGUUUGUGCGCUUAUUCAUGAACAAGACAUGGUGGGGACUUUGUCUCCCAGUAGCCUCAACCUGGAUGUCCAUUGGCUUUUUUAUGCGCAUACUCAUGGCGAUAAACCCAAGUUCUCUCCCGAUUUUCAUGGUCCAACAAUUCCUCACCUUGUUACCGCCUGCUGCAUACCUUGCCUUCAAUUACAUCCUUUACGGGCGUUUCGUCGCGAUCUGCAUUGACAGAUGCUCCUCUUGGAUAAAGCCAGAAAAAGUUGCCCGGUACGUCGUUAUCAGCGGUGUAGGUGGUGGUCUGGAAGUGUCGACAAAAUUUGAGAAACUGGGCGCGAACAUACUUCUCUCCGGAUUAGUCAUUCAAACACUCUCAUUUGCUAUCUAUCGUGUCAUCGAGUUUGCUCAAGGUAAUGGCGGUUAUCUUGUCACCCAUGAAAUCUACUUCUACCUUCUCAACUCCCUGCCACUGUUGAUUGGCAUUUGCACAUACAUCAUCUACUGGCCGACGAAGUAUCUCGAAGCCUCUCUCAGGCCCACGAAAUGACGGAACGGCGUUGAAGUUUUGUCAUUGCCAUGCUCAUUUCAAGAAUUCGUGAACCGUAAUACUCACAGUGGAAGGACCUGUAUGUGUUAAUAAUCCACUGAUCCAACAGUUGCAAUAUCCUGUAAAUCAGUUCCUUGACCGCGCAAUGUCUUUCGUUCUACUUACUAUCUUUGGCCUGGCGCAGCAGCCUCGACACUUGUCCUCUACCCUCACUACCUGGUACACAUAGUAG